UUUGAUGGAAGAUUUGACCCUUUAGGGGGAUAAAAACCAAUUCAUUUAUCCAUUUUGUAUUUGGAGAGGUGAAGGGGAAAGGAAGGAGACAAUGGGGGAGGAGAAAGUUUUUUAAAAGAAAAGUUGGAAAAAAAAAAAACUCUAAGAACUCUGUAAACUCCCAAUCCCAAUCCCAAUCCCAAUCCCAAUCCCAAUCCCAAUCCCAAUCCCAAUCCCACCAAACCAAACAAUGCCUCUUCAAAUUGAGGCAAACCCAAUGAAUCCAGACAGCGAUACUCAAGAUCUUCUAUUCUUUUCACUCGUCUUUCCUACAAACGUUUUCAUUCUUUAAUUUCAUUCUUCAUUCCAUACAUACACAUAUACUUAUAUAUCUUUCUUUACUAUUUCUCUUCUUCUCAUCCAUUUUCUUCACCAAAUACGUAAGGAAUUUGGUUUUCUUGGUGGGUUUCUUCUCUAAUUUAUAUUACUUGUCUCUUUUUCGGUUCUCUUCCACCUUCGCUUUGUUUUGUACUGCGCUAUACGGAAGGAUGCGCAACAUGGGGAGUUCAACCUCUAGCCGAGGAAUCGCCGCCAUUGUUGGUGUUGGCCCCAAGCUUGGCCGUUCUAUCGCUCGCAAGUUCGCCCACGAAGGCUACACCGUCGCUAUUCUCGCCAGAGACUUGGGUAGAUUAUCGAGAUUUGCGGAUGAGAUAGCGAGAGAAGAGAAGUCUCAAGUGUUUGCGAUUCGAAUAGAUUGCUCGGACUCGAGAAGUGUGAAGGAAGCAUUUGAAGGUGUGUUGUCACUGGGAUUUGUAGAGGUUUUGAUAUACAAUGCAAAUCAACAAGUUUCAAGACAACCCACAAGAUUCAUUGAUGUUCGUAUUGACUCAUUUGAGAAAUCUCUCGCUGUUUCUUCGGUGGGUGCUUUCCAUUGUUCUCAACAGGUUAUUCCAGGGAUGGUGGAAAGAGGAAGAGGUACGAUUCUCUUUACAGGCUGCUCAGCUUCUCUUAAUGGCGUUGCUGGUUUCUCUGACCUUUGCUGUGGAAAAUUUGCAUUAAGAGCAUUAUCUCAGUGUUUGGCUAGAGAGCUCCAACCCGUUGGAAUACACGUCGCUCAUAUUAUUAUUGAUGGUCUCAUUGGCCCACCAAGGACAAGUUCAAUAACAUCUCACAGAGGAGGAUCAUCUUCAUCAUCGUCAUCAUCGUCGUCAUCUUCAGUUGGAUCGCAUUUACAAAGUGGAAUUGGAGAGCAAGGGACUAUGGACCCAGAUGCGUUGGCUCAAACUUAUUGGCACUUGCAUGUUCAGGACAGGACUGCUUGGACCCAAGAAAUUGAUCUACGACCUUCAAAUCCCAGAUUGUUCUAGCUAUUUACACUUGUAAAGAGAAGAAAAAAAAAACAGCAUCAUGAUUAAAAAAGGAGAAGUGGCUAUUUGUUGUGUGGUUGAAGUGACCCAAGGGGAGACCCACAUUUCAUUUUCCUUUUUAAUAUUCUGUCACAAAAACCUCAAGGGCUCACACCCAAUCAUUUUGCUUCACGGAUGUGUCUUUCUGAAUCUCCCACCUUUGCAGGUCAAAAUCCAAGCUUUAUCCUCUCUGAAAGAUGAUUCCGUUAAAACUUAGUUUAGCAGCUUAAUUAGCUAUGGAGAAAUUUGUUGUGUUUGUGUGUAAUGUAACGGGUGGGUGAAUUUGGGUUUUCAAUUUCAAUUGUUUGUUUUUUUUCGGGGAAGUGGACUGCUGGAUUUUGUAAAUAUAAUGUAAUGUUGUUUUAAGAUUGGAUUUGAUUGAUUCUUGUUA